UUUCAAGGUUGACCGAGAGGUUUGUGAAUGGGGUAGAUAUAUUAAUGGACACGUUCUGGAGAAUAUGGACUGAUUUGUUAGAUGUUCUUGGAAUUGAUGCCUCCAACUUGACUCAUUAUUUCAGCCCAGCAGCAAUUGCCAACAACCCGACACGUGCUCUUCUGCUGAUUGGUGCCAUUUUACUUGCCUAUUGGUUUUUAUCUCUCUUCCUUGGAUUCUUCUUCUAUCUCCUGCACAUGCUGUUUGGUCGCUUUUUCUGGAUUGCGAGGGUUGCCCUUUUCACUCUCUCAUGCGUGUACAUCCUCCAGAAGUAUGAAGGUGACCCAGAACACGCAGUCCUGCCUCUCUGUUUUGUUGUAGCAGUCUACUUCAUGACGGGGCCAGUUGGAUUUUACUGGAGAAGAAACAGCAACAGCAGCCUUGAGGAGAAGAUGGACCACCUCGAUAGUCAGAUCAGACUUCUGAACAUACGCCUUUCGAGGGUGAUUGAAAACCUGGACAGAGGCAGUGACCAAUGAACCAACCCCUACAGACCACUGUACACCAGCUCUAGAAAAUUCCUAAGCACUGUCUCAUUUGAAGUUACAAAGCAACAAAACAUCACAUGGUAAAAAGUGUGCAAAGUUAUAACUUUUCAUCAUGUGUAAGACUAAUUUAUCUAGAUUAUACACUCAGCCAUUAUACUUGUAGGAAAGAAGAAACAUUUACAAAAUUCAGCUGUAUAUUCAGAGAGUUUUAUCCAGUACUAGAAUUUUCUCAGUAGAUAAACGCUUACUUUUACAAGCAUUUAAAAAAUCUUUUAUAAAAGUUUUUAUAAAAGCAAAUUGAGUAGUCUUUCAAAUAUUGAAAUUAAGCUAAACAUAUGCAAAUUUGACACUUAAAAAGUUAAAAAG